AUGGAGGUCCAGGAGGUCCCCACGGAGGAUGAGGACACCUUACUCGAGGGAGGAGGCGGGGGCUUCUCAAUCUCACCCGCAUACGGGACCUCUGAGGAGGCUGUCCGCCCCGCGACCCCUCCUUCUGCCGUAACGAAACUGCGACCCCGACUGCCCCUACCCCCGUUUGGGUACGAGAAAGAGGACUCACUGAGGCUUGGGGAGCAGCCUCCACCGAACCCCGCGAACUUCCAGGGGGUCCCAGCUGUUUCCCGGUUACCAGCAGCCAGCCAUCGUCACCUCCCCGUCCCGCCGCUGCCGUCCACCCAGCCGAACCGAGGUCUUCGAACUCUCCUCGGAGGAAGAAGAGGAAGACUCAUCAUUGCCGCCGGCAGUUCGCCUGUCUACCACCGACUGCGGACGAGGCCUCGCCCUAAUCACCAUUGGGGAUCGGCCUACGGUGAGGAAGGUCCCCACCAUCCUUCCGCCCCGGAAGGCGCCCCGCGCCGGCCGUCCGAGGAUCCGAGUGCGCCUCCCGGACGGUCAACGGGCUUGGGUCAAGCCGUAG